CACUGACAGGAGUGAACAUAGAAAACUCCCUCCCCUCUCUCUCUCUUUGAGUCUUGACUCAUCGCUCAACCCCAAUCCCCCCACUCCGGCCACCCCCAAUCUCCAUCCCCCGCUCCGGUCGGAUCCCGCGGCUCCUCCGCGCCUUCGGUAGAUCCCACAUCGGCGAGAUCCCGCCUCGGACCUUCGGCGGGAUCCCGCGGUCGCAGCUUCGACCUUGCGCGGUCGACGUCCGCCGCGUCGGCCUCGCUUGACCUUACUCCUAUCUGCACGGCCAGUGCCAAGUACUACUGGUAAAGGAAGUCUACUCCUCCUCCAUACCUAGUAGUGCUUCUUCCUCCCCGCCGUUCGUUUGCCUUUCCUCUCUGCCCUGGCUGCCGCCAGCGUCGGAUGCCAUGGGCAGCGGCGCGUCACGGCUGCUCACCGCGUGCACGUGCUCGCGCCCGGCGCCGGCCUCCGUGGACGCGGAGCCUUGCCUCGACGACGCGCUCGGCCACUCCUUCUGUUACGCAUCCGCCGCCGCCUACUCCUCCUCCUUCCGCCACGGCAUCUCCGGCGCCGCGCUCUCCGCCAACUCCUCCGUGCCCGUCCCGCUCUACCUCUCCGACUCCGCUGCCGGCGCCGCCAACAUGCCGCCCAACUACUCCUCGGCGUUCCAAACCUCGUCGUCCUUCUCCUCCGCGCCGCUGCAGCUCUCCAACCUCAACUCGGGCCCCUUGUUCCUCUCCGGGCCCAUCGACCGCGGCGCCCAGCUCUCAGGCCCGCUCGACGCCGCCGUGCCCUUUUCCGGCCCACUCCCUGCGAAGCCCGCCAAGCACGCGUCCUCCUCGUCGAGGGCUCUCUCCAGAAGGUUCAGAAAGCCAUUGUUCGGGAGCCUGCGGCGGAGCGUGUCGGAGAAGCACCGGCCGCUCACGGCGCCGCUCCCCCGUGAUGACGGCGUACAAUGGGCGCACGGCCGUGCAGGGGAGGACCGCGUCCACGUGGUUGUCUCCGAGGACCAGCGGUGGCUGUUCGUCGGCAUCUACGACGGCUUCAACGGCCCUGAGGCUCCCGAUUUCCUCGUCGCCAAUCUCUAUCGCUUCCUUCUCCGUGAGCUCCGUGGAAUCUUCUACGAAGAGGCAGAAAGGGACAGCAAGCGGCUGUGGCAGUUCCUUGCUGACGGCGAUGACGACGACAGCGAACUUGAUUUCUCAGGCUCUGGUAGGUUCGCACUGUCACUUGCCAGGCUCAAGGAACGGCGGUUUUCCAUGUGGGCCCAGGCAGCGGCUGUGGGUGACGAUGAGAUCAACAGGGAAUGGGGUCCCAAGAAGUUGGCAGCAGCGCCGGCGGUGAGGGACCACGGGGCUGUGCUUGGUGCGCUCACUCGGGCACUGGCCGCGACAGAGGCGGCGUACCUGGACAUGACCGACCAGUCAAUGGGGUCCCAUCCAGAGCUGGCGGUGACCGGGGCAUGCCUGCUCGUAGCAUUGGUGAGGGAUGAUGAUGUGUAUGUAAUGAACCUUGGGGAUAGCCGCGCCAUUGUGGCACAGCGUGUAGAUGAUGACCAUGGUUGCUCACUUGGAACCAUGCGGACGGAUGAUGCUGGGUUGGGCUUGGAGAUCGAGUCAAGGCCUGUCGGAUUUGCCAUGAUUGGGCCUGAGGCACUGCAGCUGUCUAUCGAUCACAGCACUAGCAUCGAAGAGGAAGUGCAGAGGAUCAAACGUGAACAUCCAGAUGACGAUCAUUGUAUUGUAAAUGACAGAGUUAAGGGUCGUUUAAAAGUUACUCGGGCAUUUGGUGCUGGCUAUCUCAAACAGGCAAAGUUGAAUAAUGGAUUGCUAGAGAUGUUCCGCAAUGAGUACAUAGGUGAUGCACCAUAUAUAUCAUGCAUACCUUCUCUUUGCCAUCACAAGCUCACGGCAAGGGACCAGUUUUUGGUUCUUUCUUCUGAUGGCUUAUAUCAGUACCUGAGUAACGAAGAGGUAGUUCUGCAUGUUGAGAAUUUCAUGGAGAGAUUUCCAGAAGGUGAUCCUGCGCAGAGUUUAAUUGAGGAGCUUCUUUCACGUGCAGCAAAGAAAGCUGGUAUGGACUUCCAUGAGCUAUUAGAUAUACCUCAAGGGGAUCGGAGAAAAUACCAUGAUGAUGUCACUGUCAUGGUAGUUUCUCUAGAAGGGAGAAUCUGGAAAUCAUCUGGAACUUAUGUGUGAUGUUCAGCGGAAACAAUGUCAGCAUCGAUGUUUUUGCUGUGACCUCCUCGGCUGGUCAGCACCUCUGAGCAAUUGCAUACGUGCUCAUCAAGAGAAACAUCCGCACUUCACAGCAUGGCAGACAAAUGGUUUGCUCCAUAAAUUCUCAAAGCUGUAUUUUCCAAUCAGAGACCAUCACUGGUCCCAGAUCUCAGCUUCAGCGCAAAAUGCAGCCCAUCAAUGUGCCAAUGAGUCAACUCUGAGCAGCAGACUAAUAUGCAGAGAAAUGACAGAAAAACGAGAGGAAUCCCUCGGCAAAGCGGAGUUGAAAUUCGCUUUGUCCCGCCAGCGUUAAUUGGUCAAGUACUGACCUGUGACAAUUUUACCCACCUAGCUGUGCUGUUGUACAAGAUUUCCUUCUUUCAUCCUUGAGGAAGAAAGAUGACCUUUGUGGGCAUGCAAUUUUUCCCGUACAUGUAGGAGAUAGCCCGUACUAUGCUGGAAUUGUUGGUCAAAAGAAAAUGAUCAUUCGCCCCUCAUUUUGUGCCUUAUUUUGUCUUCUACGAAGCUAUGAUAGUUCUGUAAAAGGUCCAUUUGACUCCACCUUUUCCUCUCCAGACACUUCUCCUCUCGACUUCAUUUCUCUUUCCUUCUCUGUAACUGUACUUGGUGACCCAUUGACAAUAAAAAAACAUAUUUAAAAUAUCA